GUAGUAUUACAGGGGAACUCUGGGUGGAUAAGUCCACUUAACCAUGCAGGAUCCCAGUGGGGACAAAGUUUGUAGAGCAGGUGGUGAAGAAGAAGGGGAGGAUGGACAGCACACAUCCAGAGUUCGUGAUACUGAAACAAGCUCACAUCGAUCUGAAGCAAGCUUACAUCAUUCUGAAACAGAGAAUAACCGUGAUAACUCUCCACAUGUAAAUCAUGCCCAAGAUUUUGGUAGCCAGGCUGCCCCAGGUAGCCUCGACGCAAGGAACCCGUUAGAGGCAAGAGUGGUGGUGGAAGAAGCAGCCAUAGCUCCUCAGGGUGAACAGGCACCAAUUAUACUGGGACCCGGUGGAGAUACUGCAACAACAGCUGGAAGUCGACUCUUGGAGUUUUCUGUAACAGUGCCGUUCCGGACCGCUGUGGAGGCAAACAUUGCAUGCAGAACCCUGGCCUCAAAUGUCCAGCACCAGCAAGUGAUGGUUCAGCAGGAGUUCACUGUGAAUGACACUAUUCUCACUGUUAGGUGGACCACUGAAGAUCCUGUUCUCUUCCGAACAUCCAUCAAUGCCUUCCUUGACCAACUUUCCCUUGUGAUGAGGACAAUCCCACGCCCAGUGUUUAUGGCUGUUGUCAAACAAGGAAGAGGAAGAAAUAAUGAACUCUAAUAUGUUACCACCCACAACACAAGGCAAAGGCAUUUCAUGAUUUGGGAAACUGUCCCUUUGCCUUCAUAUUCACUGUUUUGAUUCUAUCACACUGUAUCUAUCAGUCAGUGUUACUGGAGGAGUGAAUAUUGAAAGUCAGAUAAUGAAAAUAACA